AUGGGCAGCAAAAGCAAGAGAAAGAAGCAUUUUGACGACACAAGCGACAACGAUUCGUCAUUGUCGUCUUCUUCAAGCUCUGAGGAAUCUGAACGCUCUUCAAAGAAGCACCGGCGCCACCGCCACAGAAAAGAUGAUAAUUCGAGAAGAGAGAAAGAAAGGAGAAGGGAAAGGAGAGAGAAACGGAGAAGCAAGAGAGAGACGAGGAGAAGGAAAUCCAAAAAGGAGGACAAUAAGAAGAGGGCUUAUGGGGUUGAUGAUGACUCUGGUUCUGGGGGGUCUUUAAGUAGUGAUGAUUCAGACCCAGGUAGGAGUGGGGCUGAACCGCAAGCCAUUUUGCAAGGCUUGUUCAACGAAUUUCCCAAUGUUGGGAAUGAUUUGAAACAGCUUUUAGAAAUGAUUGAUGGUGGGCAAGCAGUUGACAUCAAGGGAAUAUCAGAAAGAUCUUUGAUUAAGCAUCUAAGGAAGUUGUUCCUUGCACUAAACCUGAAGCAAAAUGAUGGAGUUUUUUUGCUGCCUUCAAAUGUUCGUCCCACUUUGGAGGUUGUUGGGCUCAUGAUUCAAACAUCCUUAGAACCUCAAUCUAGACAGAAUGAGAUGCAUCCAAAACAACUGGAUGAGGAACACAGACAAGUGGCUGGUGAAAAUAAUAGGACAGUGCCAUGCAUGGAGGAUGAUGAUACUGGUCCCAAAAGAAGGGUAAUUGGCCCUGCGAUGCCAUCAGCUGAGUUACUUGCUGCUGCAGCGAAAUUGACAGAUGCACAGGCUGAGCUCAGAGAAGCUGAGUUGGAAGAAGAUAGUGAAUUUUUUAUAGGACCUCCACCGCCUGCUAUGGUUGCUGAAACUGCUUCAGCUAAUGAAGCUGAGCGGUUCGAAGAGGUUACAAGGAUCAUGGAUGCCGCGGAUGAUAGUCUAUAUGAUAUUCUAGGAGCAAACCAAAAUAUGUCUGUUGAGAAUAUAAAGAAAAGGUAUUGGAAGAUGUCUCUUUUGGUGCAUCCUGAUAAAUGCUCGCAUCCUCAAGCUCAACAAGCAUUUGUUAAGUUGAAUAAAGCUUUCAAAGAAUUACAAGAUCCAGAUAAGCGGAAAGUGCUGGAUGACAAGAUUAAACUCAAGGAGGAACAUGAAAAAUUUAAGGUUGAGUUGAAAGCAAUGCGUGAGGCUGCACAAUGGAGAAAGUUACAAGGAAUAUCUAUGGAGGGUGAUGAUGAGCUCCUAGCAGACAUGGAUGUUAAGGUGGCACCAAAAAGAGAUGAGUGGAUGACAACGCUGCCACCUGAAAGGAAACAUGGUAUGCCUCCUACACAAUCAACCAGAUUCAACAAGAGCACUAAAGAAGGACGUGGUGAUACCAGUGCUUGGACUGAUACCCCUUCAGACAGAGCCCAGAAAGCUAAGAUGGGUUACUUGGAGGCGUAUAAUGAGGCUGCAGCCCUUGCUUCAAAUGAGGUGGAAAAGAAAAAGCAGAGUUCAGAUGCAGAAUUGGUGGACAAAUACAAUAACGAAAAACGAUCAAAAUCAUUGGUGCAAAAACACAAAGAGGAGACCGUAAAGCGUUCAAAGAGAAAAGUCAAGCAACAGACAGAGGAGGACUGGGUGGGGAAACAUCCGUGGAAGCCUUGGGAUCGUGAGAAGGAUUUGUCAGGUGGGAGGCAAAGUGUAAAAUUGGAUUCAGAAAACAUGAAUCAAGCUUUAACGUCACGGUUUUCUUCGGGCUCAUUUGAGAGAAACUUCCUUUAG